UUGUUUGUCUUCAUGCUCCGUUUGGUUUCCGAGAAAGUGUAGGAAAGGAAACAGAAAUGAAAGGAAUAAAACUCGGAAUCUUGGAACUUUGGUUCCGCCCUAGACCUGUGGGGAGAUUCCGAGUUUCGUUUACUUUCCAUGUGUUAUCGGGAAUUCGAAAGAUCGGAAGAAAAGAGUUUAAACAUGGGAGAGGCACAAAACAUGCCAGAUAUGGAGGAAGGAUCUCUACUCGUUGGAAUGGAGUAUAGAACUGUUUCUGGUGUAGCAGGGCCACUCGUUAUUCUUGAGAAAGUCAAGGGUCCAAAAUAUCAGGAGAUUGUCAAUAUUCGCCUUGGAGAUGGCACAAUGCGACGUGGUCAAGUCUUAGAAGUUGAUGGGGAGAAAGCUGUUGUGCAGGUUUUUGAAGGCACUUCUGGAAUUGACAACAAAUACACAACCGUACAAUUUACUGGGGAGGUUUUGAAAACACCUGUAUCACUGGAUAUGCUUGGCCGCAUUUUUAAUGGUUCUGGAAAACCCAUUGAUAAUGGCCCUCCAAUUCUCCCAGAGGCUUACCUAGAUAUUUCUGGAAGUUCUAUCAACCCCAGUGAGAGAACCUAUCCUGAAGAGAUGAUACAAACAGGGAUUUCUACUAUUGAUGUCAUGAACUCCAUUGCUCGAGGGCAAAAGAUCCCUCUUUUUUCUGCUGCUGGUCUUCCUCAUAAUGAAAUAGCUGCACAAAUCUGUCGUCAGGCUGGUCUUGUAAAGCGGUUGGAAAAAGCUGGAAAUCUCCUAGAGGAUGAGGUAGAGGACAAUUUCGCCAUUGUCUUUGCUGCUAUGGGAGUAAACAUGGAAACAGCACAAUUUUUUAAGCGUGAUUUUGAGGAAAAUGGAUCCAUGGAGAGAGUGACCCUUUUCCUAAACUUGGCCAAUGAUCCCACCAUAGAACGCAUUAUCACUCCUCGAAUUGCUCUCACAACUGCAGAAUAUUUGGCUUAUGAGUGUGGGAAGCAUGUUCUAGUUAUAUUAACAGAUAUGAGUUCUUAUGCAGAUGCUCUUCGUGAGGUAUCUGCAGCCCGGGAGGAAGUACCUGGAAGGCGUGGGUAUCCUGGGUAUAUGUAUACUGAUCUUGCAACAAUUUAUGAGCGUGCUGGACGUAUAGAAGGGCGAAAAGGCUCCAUCACACAAAUUCCUAUUUUAACCAUGCCUAAUGAUGAUAUUACGCAUCCAACUCCAGAUCUUACUGGUUAUAUUACUGAGGGCCAGAUAUACAUUGAUAGGCAACUCCACAACCGGCAGAUAUACCCACCUAUUAAUGUUCUUCCAUCACUCUCUCGACUAAUGAAGAGUGCCAUUGGUGAGGGAAUGACUCGUCGAGACCAUGCUGAUGUGUCCAACCAGCUAUAUGCGAAUUAUGCUAUUGGAAAGGAUGUCCAGGCAAUGAAAGCUGUGGUCGGAGAAGAAGCACUCUCUUCUGAGGAUCUGCUUUAUCUGGAGUUCCUAGACAAAUUCGAGAGGAAAUUUGUGGCUCAAGGGGCUUAUGAUACCCGCAACAUCUUCCAGUCACUUGAUUUGGCGUGGACAUUACUCCGCAUCUUCCCCCGUGAGCUUCUCCACCGUAUACCUGCAAAGACACUGGACCAGUACUACAGUCGUGAUGCAGCAAACUGAUUAAAAAGGCAAACCUCUGUAUGCCCUCUUCUCAUCUCAAAUUCAUUAUUCAGCAUGAGUUGCCCAGUCAAUCAUAUGCCUCAAUACUUUGCCUGGGCCGCGGGACUCUCAUCUCAAGUGUAGUAAGUCUAGCCGUUUGUUGAGUUAUUAAAGUUAUGAAAAUUCUUUGAUCCAUCUAGCUUUUGUGUGAACUGUAUGUUCUUGUCAUUUCCCGAGUUGGUUAUGCUUCAAAACUGGCUUCGGCAGCUGAACUUGAAGUGUUGGAAACAGAGGGAUUUUUAAUAUCAGCCCGUCUCAGCCCAUGCAUUGUUUAAACUAUGGUGGUUAUUUAUUAUUAGUUUUGUAGUCCAUGGAAGAGUCAUUUCAUGUUUAAAGAUUAAAGACGAGUUCUAUGAAGCUAAUAAAAAAUAAUUUUUUUAUCCUA